GUUGUCUACGGUUAACUGCGACUAGACUAGUCUCCAUCUCCGUCUUCAACUCUUUCUCCGAGUAUUUCUCUAGACGGGCACAGAUUGAUGGUUCUCCCCCCCCAAUGAGUGACGAAUUUGUCGUGUGAGCCAAGAGCAAAAUGCAAAUAACAAAUAUAAGAAGAUAAAAUCAUAUGAUAAGAUUAGGCUGACAGCCAAGUGAUAAAAGUGGAUUUAGUGCAGCUCCAAAAUCGGCAGCUGCUGCACACGACUCAAAACCAAAUACCAAAAUCCGGAAAGAAAUUUGAGUUUCGUCAAUUUAGGUUGCAGUACAUUGAACUCGGCUGUGGCGAUGCCAAGGGACGCGGAUGAUGCUGGUGGUGGUGGUGGUGGUGUUGGUGGCUUGUGCCUGGAGUGGAAGCACCUCAACUACUAUGUGCCCGCCCAGGAGCAGAGCAACUACAGUUUCUGGAACGAGUGCCGGAAGAAACGUGAAUUGCGCAUUUUAAAUGACGUCAGCGGUCACCUGAAGACGGGCGACCUCAUCGCCAUUGUGGGCGGAUCGGGGGUGGGUAAAACCACAUUGCUGGCAGCGAUUUCGCAACGUUUGCGCGGUAAUCUAACCGGAGAUGUGGUUUUAAAUGGCAUGGCCAUGAAUCGGGAUCAGAUGACACGCAUCUCCAGUUUUCUGCCGCAGUUUGAGAUCAAUGUUAAAACCUUUACCGCCUACGAGCAUUUGUAUUUUAUGUCCCACUUCAAGAUGCAUCGUCGCACCACCAAGGCGGAGAAACGGCAACGGGUCACGGAUCUGCUGCUGGCGGUUGGUUUGCGGGAUGCGGCACACACACGCAUCCAGCAGCUGUCUGGCGGGGAGCGAAAGCGUCUCAGCCUGGCCGAGGAACUCAUCACAGAUCCGAUCUUUCUGUUUUGCGAUGAGCCCACCACCGGUUUGGACAGCUUCAGUGCCUAUACGGUCAUCAAGACAUUGCGUCAUCUGUGCACCCGCAAACGCAUUUCAAAGCAUUCCCUGACUCAGGUCUAUGGCGAGGACUCCUUCGGCAGUGAUGAGAGCCACAAUGGCAGCAACUCCUUCGAAAUGGAAAUUAUGAUGGAUAACAAAUCGAAAGAGAGCCUCCUGCUGCCUGAAGCGAUGAAGGAUCUGCCCACGCUGGACAUGUUCAAUCGGAGUCCAAAUGGCACCACCAAAAAGGCGGCCAUCUGUUCCAUCCAUCAGCCCACAUCCGACAUCUUUGAGCUCUUCACGCACAUCAUUCUCAUGGAUGCCGGACGCAUCGUUUACCAGGGACGCACCGAGCAGGCGGCCAAGUUUUUCACAGACCUGGGCUUUGAGCUGCCACUGAACUGCAAUCCGGCGGACUACUACGUCAAGACUCUGGUGGAUAGCAAGGGUGCGGAGAGUGCUGGCGAGCUUCUUCGCGCGAAAUAUGAGCAUGAAACGGACGGACUCUAUAGCGGCAGUUGGCUGCUGCCGAAGCAUUAUAGUGGUGAUUAUCUGAAGCAUGUGCAGAACUUCCGGAAGAUACGCUGGAUAUAUCAGGUAUAUCUGCUGAUCGUACGCUUCAUGACCGAGGAUCUGCGCAACAUCAAGACAGGACUGAUUGGCUUUGGCUUCUUUAUGAUCACCGCUGCCACGCUGUCGCUGUUGUACUCGGGAGUUGGUGGAUUGACGCAGCGCACCGUGCAGGAUGUGGGUGGCUCCAUCUUCAUGCUGAGCAACGAGAUGAUUUUCACGUUCAGUUACGGUGUCACCUACAUCUUUCCCGCCGCCCUGCCCAUCAUUAGGCGCGAGGUGGGCGAGGGCACCUACAGUCUAUCCGCUUACUAUGUGGCUCUGGUUGUCUCCUUCAUCCCGGUGGCCUUCUUCAAGGGUUAUGUUUUCCUGUCCGUCAUCUAUGCAUCGAUAUAUUACACAAGGGGCUUUCUGCUCUACAUCACGAUGGGCUUCCUGAUGAGUCUCUCGGCCACCGCGGCCGUUGGCUACGGCAUCUUCCUCUCCAGCCUCUUCGAGACGGACAAAAUGGCAUCGGAGUGUGCGGCACCAUUCGACCUGAUUUUUCUCAUCUUCGGCGGCACCUACAUGAAUGUCGAUUCCGUGCCGCUGCUUAAGUAUUUCUCCCUCUUCUUCUACUCCAACGAGGCGCUGAUGUAUAACUUUUGGAUUGACAUUGACAACAUUGAUUGUCCGGUCAACGAGGAUCAUCCGUGCGUGAAGACUGGACUGGAGGUGCUGCAGCAGGCGUCCUUUCGCACCGCCGACAACACCUAUUGGCUGGAUUGUGUUAGCCUUCUGAUGGUGGCAUUGGUGUUUCACAUUGUCUCGUUUACGCUGGUGCGUCGAUAUAUAAAUCGCAGUGGUUAUUAUUGAGUUGGGCUUUUAUUUAAUUUUUAUGCUAUUCAGUUUGACAAUUGCUUAGACGCAUUUCUAUUUACCUAGUUAGUAGUUAUAGUGCCAGCCGAAUAAAAGUUUUACCUUAUAUAUAAUAUAUACUAUA